CAGACGAAAAGCACUUUCUAUGAAGAACAAGAACAAUAGACUGGUGCGAAUCCACUCAAAGCGGAAAGUUGAAUAAAAUCGAAACACAAAAGAGAGACGAUAAUAAUCGAAUGCAAUAUGGCGUCCCGUCAGUGUUGUGCUGUGUCGUGCUUGUGUAACUAAAUCUUCGUAUAACAUCACACAUUUCAUCAAUACUACGUUACAAACUAAUAAUCUGAUUUUUAGAAACAAACCAACAACCAAACAACACUUUGAACCAACAGCAAGUGGGCGGAGCUCGAAAACCAAUACACAAACUCAUUGUCAUAAAAAAAAAACAAAAACAAAAAAAAAAACUUUUCCUCCCUUUCUCUUACUCUCUCGUCUUCUUCUGAUCAAUCAUCAUCAAAACAACAACAAAGAUACGUAGAUGUGGAUGAAACGAUUCUAGUUACCGGACACACAUUCAGAACUUUAUAUUUUUUCGAUCAACAAUCCUUUUUCUUUAAUGAAUUCAAACUAGUUUUAAAAAUGAUAAAGAUAUCACAUGAAAUGUUCCAAAACAAUAAUCAUCAAUAGCAUAAAAUUGUACGAUUGAAGUUUUUAAACGAACGCUUCCGUUCGAGCCAUCGAAGCGGCGGCGACCAAGAGCAGCAAGCAACCAACAACAACCACAUCAGGAAUAAGUUUUCACCUAGAAUUCUAGCGCCAAAAAAAAAUAAACAUUAACAAAUUUCAUAUAAAGUCCACCUUUUUCAUAACAAAGUAUAAAGACGUGAUCGGUAAAGCAAAAACAGCAAAGCGAACAGUGAAAGUUUACAAAUUUAAUAAAUCUACCAAUAAACUUAGAAAAAAUACUACAAGUUAAAAUACAGCACUCACUUACGGCUAUCUGGAAAGGAUACACAGCACUUGAAAUCAUCCCAGUUUCGUUUGUUUAGUAAAAAAGUUUCGAUAAAAAAAAAACCAAAAAAAAACAGGAAAUCCAAAAGAAAACGUGAAAAUAAACUUGAAAACCAAGAAAAGUGUAGUGGCAGCAGCAGCGGCGAACAAUAUUUAUAAGUUACACUAAAACGAACCGAAAUGGAAAUAAAAAGAGUACAAAAUAUUAUUUCAAAGCAGUGAACAUAAAAACUUAGUGAUCGCAAAUUCUAUGAAAUAAACUAAAAUAUCUCGAAUACUAUAAUCAAUUCACCAAUUUAAAACUGUAUAUAAAGAAGCUUAGGAAAGGACAGAAUAUUGAUAACAAUAAAAAGUAAAAAAAAAAUACUUAAGGCAUUUUUAUAGAAAAUAAAAAACUGAUUAUAAGGAAUACUAAAAAAAUUUAACACCUGUGAUAGUACUGUAAAUUUACUAAAAUACAUAUGUAUAUGAAUACACACACAAAUAAAGAAUAAAGAAAAAAAACAAUAUAAAAACAAAUUGAACGAAAGCGUGAUAUAAUAAUGGACUUGAAACAUUAAGAUUUAUAUGUAGAAAACUUGAAAUAUAAUGGAAUAUACAAAAUUAAGUUGAACCCGUGAAAGGAAGUAAUCGGUAAAAAAAAAGUUUUCAUUAAUAAGUAUACAUAUAUGUAGUUGUUUUUUUAAAAAAAUAUAUUUUUAAAGUUUAUAUUAAUUGAAAAAUACAAAAAAAAAUGUUUAUAAAUCAAUCGACAAUAUAAACAAUUACGAACUUUGAAUGAAAGUGUAAUCGAAUCGAAGGAAGGUGAAGCUCAUCACGACGACGCGUUGCGAGCAAAAAAAAAAAGUAUAAAACAAAGAAAAAAAUUGCAUUAAAAGCCCGUAAACACUGCACUGUCCGCCGUUAAGUCAAAAAUAGAAAAUAUAAAAACUAAAAAAAAAAUCAAUCCAAGUUUAUAUCUAUUACUCUUGCGUGCAGAUUUCUGUUUCCAAUUAAACUUGAACAGAACAUUUUUUUUACAUAUAUUAAAUAUAUAUCUCAUCAUAAUCAUUAUAUUAUACUUCGCUGAGAAAAAAAUCGUAUUAUAAUAGGCAUUGAUAAGACAAUUAUAGAGAAAAAUCCAAUAAAAAACGACACACGUUCACUCCAAAUACGUACAACGAGAUUCACGCACUAUGGGUAGUCAGCCUAAUAACUAUCGCAAUGGAGAAGAGAUUUACGAUAAUGACAAUUUCUUUAACUCUCUACGUAGUUCAUUUCCUCCAAUUGGCACUUUUACUUUAGACUCUCCCAAUAUUGGUCAACCAGCGCCACAACCACUCUUCGAUGGCGACGAUUCAACGAUAUUUUCCGGUAAUAUGGCUAUUACGAACGGACUCAAUACAACCGGACCAUCAUCUUCCUUUAAUGCGAACAUGAACGAUUCAAAUCAGGCAAUCCGAGAGACUGGUAUCAUUGAAAAAUUAUUGCAUUCUUAUGGAUUCAUUCAAUGUUGUGAGCGGCAGGCUAGGCUUUUCUUUCAUUUCUCGCAAUUUAGUGGCAAUAUCGAUCAUUUGAAAAUUGGCGAUCCCGUUGAGUUUGAGAUGACGUACGAUCGAAGGACUGGAAAACCGAUUGCUAGUCAAGUUACGAAAAUAGCUCCAGAAGUGGUACUAUCGGAAGAGCGUGUGACCGGUACGGUAACAACUGAAUUGCGAUCGAGUUCGACAAGUAACGGAUCAUCGAAUGAAACGACCGGGCGUAUUAGCUAUGAAAAUCGUGGAGAAUGUUUCUUUUUGCCCUAUACCAAAGACGAUAUUGAAGGCAAUGUAACGCUGAGCGCUGGUGAUAAAGUCAGUUUUCAAAUUGCAACAAACCAAAGAGGAAAUUUGGGUGCCUGUCAUAUUCGACUAGAGAAUCCUGCGCAACCAGUGAAAUAUCGUGGCGUAGUUUGCUCAAUGAAAGAGUCUUUUGGAUUUAUUGAAAGGGCCGAUGUGGUUAAGGAGAUAUUCUUUCACUUUUCGGAGGCUGAAGGUUCGGUUGAGUUGCGACCAGGCGAUGAUGUCGAAUUUACGAUUCAAACACGAAAUGGAAGAGAGUAUGCUUGUAACAUAACUCGCUUGCCACCGGGCUCCGUUAUAUUCGAAGACGUCGACUCAACCAUCUAUCGGGGACAGGUGUUAAAGCCUCUAGAUCGCGACAGUCCCAAUCGGCAUAAUAAUGAUCCACUCCCUGGUCGCAUACGAUAUCGUGCUCCUGAUUAUUCGGAAGUAGAGGUUCCUUUCGGCGAUAAAGAUCAAAAAGGGGAUUUCACUUUACGGCACGGCGACUGGGUACAGUUCCUGUUGGCUACCGAUAGAAGGGAUCAAUUGCAACGAGCAACAUCAAUUUCGCUUCUCGAUGAGACUUUCAAAGUGUCGGGAGAGCGUCGUGAACAGGGCGUGGUGUCAACAUUGAAGGAUGGCUUUGGAUUUCUCCGAUGCGUUGAACGGAAUACAGGAUUAUUUUUCCAUUUCACUGAAGUUCUAGAUACAAACCGAGAGAUUUGCGUAGGCGAUGAAGUCGAAUUUACAGUAAUACAAGAACCGAGGCUAACUUAUGGGAAUAAUUCGAGAUUAAGUGCGAUUCGUAUCAAACAUCUUCCUGCGGGUACGGUUCAAUUUGAGACUUUAGUGGCUAGCAACGUUGAAGGUGUGAUCACACGGGAAGCACCUAAGAGCCCAGUUAAGUCACAAGAUAGGGUAGAGGGAGGAGUAAUUAGCUAUGCUCAAGGUGAUAUAUUAAAAACAAUAAUGUAUUUCUUAAAAGACUGCGAAAAACCACCAAGAAUGGGAAAUAACGUUCGUUUUGACAUUUGCUUGGUAAAGUGGAAUAAAGAACUGAUUGCCGUGAACGUUGUCAUAAACAAUUCAACUAAUAAUCAAUCCGCUAAUCCGGAAUUCAUAACAAACGGCCAGAAUGGCUUCACCGUUGCGAAAGAGGAGACUGUGAAUCCCGACAACAACAACAUGCUGACCAACACAUCCAACGGAACAACAUACAAGGGAUACAUUGCUGUACUCAAAGAGAAUUUUGGAUUUAUCGAGACUGCAAAUCACGACGAAGAAGUAUUCUUCCACUUUAGUAACUUCGCGGGAAAUCCAAGUUGGCUAGAAUUAGGUCAAGAGGUUGAAUAUAAUCUUGCACGAAACGGAAACACGUCGGCUUCGGGAAAUUGCUUGCCAGCGGAGAAUGUGCGAACAUUACCGAAAGGAUCGAUUAGUCACCCAGCUGUGUUGGAUACUGUUCACAAUGGGGUCGUGGCUCGACCUCUUCGAUGUAUAAAUCCAGACCAACAAGAUUAUGCUGGACUCAUUGAGGUUUUAGAUGAGAAUAAAACUGUCGUUUCGACUCACGAGUUUGGGAUCACUAGCUUAAACAAUAAACGAGAUCUUCUACAGAAAGGUGAUAUAGUUACAUUUAAAGUAGAUGAAGCGGGACGAGCAGCUGACAUAACAGCCGUACGACAAAAGAAACGUGCAACAGUCGAUUCAAUCCGCGGCCAAUUUGGCUUUCUCAAUUAUGAAGUGGAAGACGGUAAAAAGCUCUUCUUUCACAUGUCCGAAGUACAGGGAAAUGCAACGUCUUUGCAUCAAGGUGAUACUGUCGAAUUUUCUGUAGUAACUAAUCAGCGAAACGGCAAGUCUUCUGCCUGUAAUGUGGUGAAAAUUAACGAUAGGCCAGACAGGUUAAUUUCCAGGUUAAAACUGAAUUCAAUCGACGAUUCGGUUCCACGUUUAAUAGUCAUCCGCGCUCCAAAAGGUCCACAGGGCAAAGGCUUUUCCUUGCAAGCUCGUACAGCAAGAAUUCCAGGCGUAGUUUAAUGGCGAAAGAAAGCAACAAUAAGAUCAUGAUGAUGACGCAAACCUUAUAAUAUUACGCUAACAUUCUUGGCACUAAAUACAAUUUUAAUUGCUAAAAUAAAAAUAAACUUGACAUCGAUACAUAAAAAAAAAGGAACAAGAAAAACAUGAAAAAGUCAGUUUUUUUUUUAAUUGAGUGGAUUUAAUUUUUUCUUUCAGUUUAUUUUGUUAGUAAAAAACAUGUAUAAACAAAUACACGAUAAAAUUGGAUCGAUCAGUUACAGUUAAAGCAUUGUAUUCAAUAACUUUUACUAUUCGAAUAAACCAAUAUAAAUGAAAUCGAGAAAAAAAUGAA